AUGCAACGUCAACCCGCUGAAAACCAUUCUCAAUUUCUCACUCUCCCGUCCUCCGGGGACUUCAUUGUUCAAGACAUAAACUACACGGACCAAACCAUACAAAUAAUCGACCCCGAAAACUGCCUCCCGAAACGGUUCCUUGACCAAGACAUGAGUAGGGUUCGUGUUACUCAACGUGAACAGUCCUUCACGGAAAUGUCCAAUUUAGCCAUUGAUCAUUCGUCUCCACAAUUUAUGAUGGGUCUUGAUGCAGCGACCAUCGAAUCGUAUCCGAAGACUGAACUUGGUGGGAGUGGGGAAUUGCCGGAGCCAAAUGACAAUACUUGCUCGAUAUGUUUGGGUGACUACCAGCCAUAG